GCCGAGAUUAUAAUCUUGGUCAAAUCCGGUCCGUUACGCAACCGUAAAACUACGGUCUGUUCAACAGGGUCUGAAAUUCAAAUCUGAUUUCAGCUCGUAGCUGCAAACCACUUCUUAACCCGUGCUCGUUACUUCUACCUGCCUCGGAGUUGAGCCUCUCCCACAACGGCUGCCGUGUAUAGUCCGGGGAAUGACAGGCCGACGAAGAAUUAACGGGCCGUCUGGUCUCACCUUCUCUCCUGUUUACUUGGAAGAUGAGGUUGCCUCUUCACGCAAACAGUCGAGGACAAGGCCGGCGACGACUACAAGGAAUCUCUUUCUAAAGACCGGCGUUGCCCCCGCUUCCUCCGGAUCUGCCUACUUGGAGAUUGAAAACCCAGUUGGGAGUUUUAAUGUCAGCACAAGCGGAAUGAAACUAGUCUGCACUGUACAUGGUCCACGUGCUCUUCCUAAGUCGGCACCAUUUUCACCGCACCUCGUUCUUUCAACCCACGUGAAAUACGCUCCUUUCGCAACGCGUCAGAGACGGGGAUAUCUCCGCGACUUCAGCGAGCAGGACCUCAGUGCCCAUCUCGAGUUGGCACUACGCGGCGUCAUUGUGGGCGAACGGUGGCCCAAAAGCAACCUCGACGUUACCGUCACCGUCCUCGAGGGAGAUCACGAGCAAGAGAUGUCGCGAAUUCAGGGUCAUGGUGAUUGGCAUAUGAUGAAUGUUUUAUCUGGGUGCAUUACGGUAGCCUCGGCUGCCAUUGCUGAUGCAGGCGUGGACUGUGUUGAUAUGGUUGCUGGAGGAGUUUCCGCCCUAGUUGCAGGGAGUAACGGACAGUCACCCAGCGUUAUGCUAGACCCCGUCGGUUUGGAGACCGAGUCACUCUUGGGCGGGUGCUGCAUCGCUUAUAUGCCCAACAGGGAUGAAAUCACUAAUCUCUGGGUCAGAGGCCAAAGUUUGUCUUCGGACGUUCUAUUGCAGACAAAACUGGUUCACGGGGCAAUCCAAGCAUCUAAGGCAAGCCAUUGUGUUAUCGUAGGAGAGCUAGUUAGUUCUGCUGGAAUAACCGAAAACAUUAGGACCUGCUCGGGGAGACCGAAGAAUGUUGAACAGGCCGUGAGAUACGGUUACGUAACGGGCACGGAUUUCACCGAAGGAUUGUAAUCUCGGUUAUCCGGGUAGACACCUGCAGAAUCUUCACCAUAGAAAUUACGUUGGCAGGAGUUCCCUAACAGUGAGGGAUUUUAGAUAGUUACACACACACAGAUCUACAGAUUUACAAGCCUUAAUUAAAUCAACGGAUUAACUACCC